AUGCAGAAUAACAAUGCAGUGCAAUAUAGUAUAGAAAAUAUAAUGAAAAAAAAUAGAGACGAAAAUAAGUAUGUAGAUCUGUGUGAUAUAAAAACAAAUAAUAAUCAUAUAAAAGUUAAUAAAUAUAUAACAUAUGAUAAUAUUACAUUUGAGAGUAAAAAUAAUAAUAAUUAUCAUAAUAAGAGUAAUAACCAAAUUAAUAAUAAUUAUUAUUAUGGUGCUAUAAAUAAAAGAGUUGAUGAAAAUUUAGUAAGUUAUAAUGGAAGGGUAGAUGAUUUAAGAAAUAGUAAGAAAUGUGUAUAUUCAGAAAAACAUAUGGAGGAUAAAAAUAUAUUAUUAGGAAUGAAUGAUGAAGAUAAUAAAUUCCUUAGAAGUGAGUAUAUAAAAGAUUUUAAUAUGAAUUAUAAUGAUUGUGGACUUAUUAAUAUGAUGAGUAAUCAUUAUAAUAACAUAAUUAAAAAUACAAAUAAAGGAAUAGAAGAUAAUAUGAAUUAUAAUUAUGAUACCUUAUUAGAAAGAUAUAAUUAUAAUAGCGAAACAAAAAAGGAAAAAAAAAAAGUGUUAAUAGAUAAGAAUUAUCUAUAUAAUAACGAUUAUUUAUACGAUGAUAAUAUAGAUAAUGAUAAACUUAUGAUUCAUAAUAGUGACAUGAAAAAGGAAUAUCCUCUGUAUGAUAAAAAUGUAUGUAUGAAUAAAAGUUUCGAUAAUAUAAAAUUUCAGAGUGAAAUUUUAAUGAGAGGAAACCAAAACAAAAACAACAUCAACAAGAACAAAAAUAAUAAUAAUAAUAAUAAUAAUAAUAAUAUUCAUAAUAAUAGUCUUCAUAUUUAUAAUAGUAGUCAUAAUUUUCAUAAUAAUAAUGAUAUUAAUUCACUUGCUGUAACCAACGAAGAAGAAUUAGAGAAUAGAAUGUACAACUUAGAUUUUGAUGAAGAGAAAAGCGAGUCUAAUAAUUUGUUAGUUAAUUAUUCUCAUGAAGAAAAAGAAAGCACACAUAAACUUAAUAUUUACAAUCUUUUUAAUAAAUCCAAUACAAAUAAAAAUAACAAUGCAAAUACUGGGAUAAUAAAUUUUUUAAGAAAUAAAAGAAUGAAUAAAUAUUCUUAUGAUAAUAAGGGAUUAAAAUAUGACUCUACAGAAAUUGAUUCAAAUGUAAAUAUGAAAAAAAAUUAUAUGAUUAAGGGUUCAUAUGAUACUUCUCCAAAUUUAAAGGGAUAUACAUAUGAAAAUAAUGACGUUAUAAAAAAAAAAAUGAAUACAAUAAAUAAUUUAAAUAGGUUAAAUAAUGUAAAUGAAAAUGUUAUACAUCUGAAAGAAAAUAUUGAAUAUAAAUCUAUGAUGAAUUCUUUUGAAACUUUAAAAAUAUAUGAGCAGGAUGAAAAUAACAAACAAAAUAAUAUAUAUCUAAAUAAGAUUAACGAACACUCAAAAUAUAAAGACGACAAUAAUUUAAAUAAUAAUAAUAAUAAUAAUAAUAAUAAUGAUAAUAAUAAUAAUAAUAAUGAUAAUAUGGUUGUUCAAAAUGUUCAUAAUAAUAAUGAUAAUAUUAAUAAUAAUAAUAAUAAUAAUUCUGGUGAUAUUAAAAAAUGUGCACAAAAAAAAAUCAGUGAAAGAAAUCCAUUUAGUAUUCAUCACUAUGUAAAACAAGAACAUAUGAAUAUAACUAAUUUAUGUAAUAUAAAUAAAAAUAAUAUGUUAGUUCAUAAUAUAAAUAAUAAUUCUUUUGAAAAAGAUAACGAAAAAAUAUAUACUAAACAAACAUCUAUGAUGCAAAAGAAAGGUACUGAUGUUUUUAAAACACUAUCAGAAGUACAAAGUGUGUGCAAUAUGAAUCAAAAUAAUUUUUAUGAUAACAAUCAUAAUAAUAAUAAUCAUAAUAAUCAUUAUUAUUAUAAGAAUGAUAAAAAUGAAGUUGAUUUGAAGAAACGCAAAUGUGAAAUAAAUUAUAAAGAAAUGAACAGUUCAAAGGUUGGAAAUAUAAAUAAUGAUCACAAAACAAUUACAAGUGAAAAGAAAGAAUACUAUAUGAAUAUUAAAAGCGAUUAUCCUAAUAAUGUUAAAAGUAAUGAUAUAAAGAAUAAUGAUUGUUUAAAACAUUUUGAUGAAGAUGGAUCAUCAAGUAAAUAUAUUUCAUCCCCUUCAAUGAAUGUUUCUUCAUGCGAAUCUUACAAAUCCUUUUCUAAGAAUAAGAAAAAAAAAUCAAAAAGCUAUUGUAAGGAUAAAGGAUAUAAUAAUGAAUCAUAUAAAAUUAAAAAUAAUAAAAAGCUAAAAUAUUUCAAGAAGGAACCAAAUAUAGAAGAAAAUAAUUCUCAAAAUAAAAUCUGUAGAAAUUCUUUAAUUGGUUGUAUAAGUUGUAUGUAUGAAGGUACCAAAAUGUAUUGCCAUUGUCAUAAUAUUAAUAAUAAAAAUUUAAAAACUAUUAUUAAUAAUGCCAAAAAUUUUGAUGAUCUCACUAAAGGUUCACCAAAUAAACAAAAUAAUAAUAAUAAAGUUUUAGCAGAAAAAAAUAUUAUAACAAAUAGAUGUAUUAAUAAUAGUACUAAUAUUAAUGGAAAUAGUAACAAUAAUAAUAUUAAUAAUAUUAAUAAUAAUAAUAAUAAUAAUUGUAAUGUGAAUUGUUCGAAUGUUUUUUUUGAUAAUAUAAAUGAAAACAUAAAUCCCAAACGUGAGGAUAGUUGUUUUAAUUAUAAUGAAGGUAACAAUAAAAACAUUUAUGAUUAUCAAAAUAAUGGCAAUAUUGUUAAUAAUAAUAAUCAUGAUAAAAAGUUAGAAAAAACAUAUUUAAUUAAUAAAAAAGAAGAACCCAUAAAUAGUUCGAAAAUGAAUGUAAAUAUGAUUGUUGAUGGUGUUAAAAAAAAGAAUCAAGAAAAUAUAACAAACACGAAACUAUUAAAAAUUAAUAAUAUAACUAAUAAUGUGAUAAAGAAAAAUAUAAAAAAUGAAACUUUAUCAUUUGAUAAAUAUGAACAGGUAAAUAAACAAGAUGAUGGUAGUAGUACAAAAAAUAAAAUUAUAGAAGUUAAUCAAAAAAUGAACAAAUUUAAUGUUAUGCAAAAUCUGAUGUAUAACAGUAAUAAUUGUAAGAAAGGUAUGGAACAAAAUAAUAUUAAAUUAUUUAAGAGAAACAUAAAAAAUAAUACCACUAAAUAUAUUAACAAAGAUAAUUUAAUUAAAAUUGAUUACCUUAGGCAACAUCAAAUAUUAGAAAAUAAUCAAAAAGGAAAAAUUUGUGAUUUGAAUGAAGAGAAAAAUAACAAUUUCAUGAAUAAAAAUAAUUUUAUAUAUCAUAAUAAUAAUAGUAAUACAAAUAGUAAUAUAAAUAAUAUUAACAAGAACAAUAUCAACAAUAAUAACAACAGUAAUAAUAAUAAUAGUAAUAAUAGUAAUAAUAAUAAUAAUAAUAAUAAUAUUAAUAAUAAUAAUAACAAUAUGUCAAUAAGUGUAUAUGAAAAAAAAAACAUGGAAAAAAAAAUGUACAAUAUGAAUGAAGGGAAUAUAAUAUUAAACCCAUUAAAUAAAUUAGUAAAUUAUAAAAAUAUACUAGAGAAAAAAAAUAAUGAUAUAUGUAUCAACACACAUAAUUUAAAACUAAAAAAGGUUGAACAAAAUGAUGGUAAAUAUAACAAAAGUAAUGGUACUAUAAUGAAAUGUAAAUUGUAUAAUUUAAAAAAAAAUGUUUAUAAAAAUGAUAGUAAGGUUGUAGAUAUACCCAUGAAAUUAAAUGAUUUAAAUAAUAAUUCUUCUAGAAUGUGUAACUUAACUAAUUUAUUAAAAGAAAAUUCUGCUAUGUGUAAUAAAAAGGAAUAUGAAAAUAAACUUGAUAUUAGACCAAAACAGGAGUUAAAUUCUACUAAACAUUUUGAGAAAAAAGGAGAAAUAAAAACUAUUCUUAAGAGUAAUAUUAAUUUAUAUAAUAAGAAGACUAAAAAGAAAAAAAAUGAAGAUGUUAGUUUAAUCAAAAUUAAAAAAGACGAACUGGUAAUUAAACAAGUUAAAAAGUUAAAUAAAAAUUGUUUACUUAAAAAUACACAAAAUGUAGGGAAUAUCAAAUCAUAUAUAAACAGAGAUAUUUGUAAAGCUUUAGAAAAUGUAAAAAGGACUAAUCAUAAAGUUAACAAUGAAGAUAUUAGUAAUAAUACUACAUAUGAAAAAGAAGAGGCAGUUAUAUAUAUUAAAAAUAAAUUAAAUACACAAAGGAAAUGGAGAAGUGAUAAUAUUAUUACAAACAAAGGAAAAGAGGAUAAGGAAUAUAUAAUCAAAUGGAAUAAAAAUAAUGGAGUUUCUAUAUAUUAUAAUAAAAACAUAAAUGAAUCCAAUAAUAUAUUGAAUGGAAAAAGUUAUUAUAUAGAAAAAGAUUUUGAUGAAAUGGUACAGGAUAAAUGCAUUGUUCAUAUGGAAUGUUUUAGUAAAAAUGAUAAAACUCAAAAUAUGUAUAUUAACAAAAAUAACAUAUAUAAUAAUAGUGAUAUUAGUAGUAAUAAUAAUAUUGAAAAUUUUAAUUCAUGUUUAAAUGAUAAAAAAAAAUAUAUACAUAAUAGUAUACUUGUUGAAGCCUCUCCAAAUGAAAAAAAUAUGAAUAUGGAGAAACAUAAUGAGGAUCUAAAUAAUAUAUAUUUAAAUAAUAUUAAAGUUGAAAACCACGAGGAGGUGAAUAAUUCAUGUUAUUAUAAUGAUUUGUAUGAAUCUAAUUUAAAGGAAUAUGUUGAAAGAAUUACAUGUCAUAAUAGUUUGGAAAAAAAAAAUGAUCAUAAAGAAAAGGUCGAAGAAAAAAAAAUAAAUAAUGGUUCAAAUAUAUACACUCUUAAUAACAAUGAAGAAAGAAAUUUGUUUACUAUGAAAAAUAAGAUGGAGCAAAAUAAUUGUGUUAACUAUAUGCCCAAUGAAAAAAAUUUGGACAUAGAAAAUAAUACAAUAUUGCUGAAUGAUAUAAUAAUAGGUAAUGACAUUAAACAUAUUGAAGGUAUUGUAAAUUAUAAUAAUGAAAAUAUAAAUCAUUUAAAUAAUAAUAUCAAUAAAUAUGAUGAAAAUUAUAUAUCAAAUGUUCGUGAACUUUAUAAAAAGAAAUCAAUGAAUUAUAUGAACAAAAAAUAUUUGGAUGAUUUAAAUAAAAUUUAUUUUUUACUUGACCAAUUUACAAACACAUAUGGAACAUGUAGUGAUAAUUUAAAAUGCAUUUUACAACUUCUUAAAUAUGAACUCGACAAAGAAAAAAAAGAAAGUGAAUAUUUUUCAAAUAAUCAAAAGUUUUUAUAUUUUGCUGUUCCUUUGAUGAGCCAAGAUAAUAGUUGUGACAAUAAUAUAAAUGAUGAAGAGAAAAUUAAAGAAAUAGAAAAAAAUGAAAAGAUAUGUGAAGGGGCACAUAAUGAUUCUAUGCUAAAUGGAAAGGAAUAUAUUUUAGAAGGUAUUACAUAUAAUAUAUUAGGAAGUUAUAAAAAUUCUGAUGCAGUAAAUAAUAUCAAAAAGGAUACAAAAGAAUCUAUAGAAACAAAAAAUGAUAAUAUACAAAAUUCUGUUAAUAAUAAUAAUGAUAAUUGUGAUAAUAUUUCCAAUAAAAAUAAUAAAUUGAAUGUGAAGAGAAUAUAUAGAAAUAUGAACAAAUGGAUAAAAAAAAAUAAAAAAUAUCCAUUUAAUAAUAAAAAAAUAAACUUUAAAUAUUUUAUUAUGAACAAUAACAAAAAGGAUAAGAGUUGUAAAUGUUGUAUUAAAAAAAAUAUAUUAAAUAAUGAAAAAAUAUUAUUAAGAAUGAAUAUAUUCACAAUACGACAUAACAAUCAUGUCUAUAAAUUAAAGUGCAAUAAUAAUUUUGUAAUUAAAAGAAAUAAAUUGAUUAAUAAAAAAAAUGGUAAACUAUAUAAAUUUUAUCCACUCUAUAAUGAAUUAUUAUUAAAAUGUCAGAAUGGUCAAAAUGAAAAAGAAGAGACAAAUGAAAAAUUAAAAUGCUUAGAUAAGACAAUUAGGGAACAUAUAAAUGAUCAAGAGGAUCAUAAGAUUAAUGAUAAUAAUAAUAAUAAUAAUAUUUUAGAGGACUUAUUUAUCUCAGAUGAUGACAUUAAUCUUAUUUAUAUGUAUAAAACUAAUAAUAAUAUUGAAAAACAGUACAGCUUAGAAAAAAUCAAUAUUAAUUAA